CAGAAACAGAUUCAUGCUGUUGCAUAACCUUAACUUUAAAGAUCAUGGAUUCUCAUCUUAACGAGCCCGUUUUUCCUACCGUCGAGUCGUUCUUCAGGCCACAUUUCCAUUCCCAGGAGAGAGCAGAAUGAACUGGUUGGUGCUGCCGAAGUUGCGAUGGCGUACAAUUAGGCAGAUGAACGAGACGCUCAACAAAGUGAACGGGCUGUUGGACAUGAUGAAAUCCAUCGCGACCAAGAUGACCGAUGUCGUCCGCAAUAGUCGGGGGCAGAGCGCGGAUAACUACUUCACGCAAACAAUAGGGUCGGCAACGCAGCUGGAUAUUUAUGUCCAUGUCCGCUGGGCGUGGCUUACGGUUCCGUUCGUGCUAGUCGCGGCGUCGUUGACGUUCAUGCUGCUGACGAUGGCCUACACUGCGGAUCGGGAUGUGCAGACAUGGAAGUCGUCGAGUUUGGCGGUGCUGGCGCAUGGGUUGGAGGAUGAUGCGAAGAGUCUGUUGCUACAGAAUGGGAAUUCGCUCGGAGGUAUGGGGAAGCUGGCUGACAGGCUGAAUGUGCAGCUUUUGGCGGAGAAGGGGUCGUUGUCGCUUGUUAGAACGGUAGCAGGGUAGAGGUUUGAGACCAAUGAAUGAGU